GCAUGGGUGGCAAGAAGAAGACAGGCCAUGCUCAGCCCAGAACCAAAGAAAACUUGAAACCGUCGAGCAGUGAGAAGGCCGCCCAAUUUCUGGUAAACCAGACCGGUGGAUUAGGCUUGCCUUUCCCACUGCUCUCACUGUCCGCUCCUAAGGGGGCUACGUCCUCAGUGACAGAUCCUGAUCAACUUGGACGGAUUACUGGUUUCGUCCCUGUUCCGCAAGACCCCGAUGCUGUUGGGCUUGAUUCCAGGCUUCUUAGUAUUUUGCGGAGAUUGGAAAAGAGAGAUUCGGUUACAAAGCAGAAGGCUCUGCGCGAAUUUCACGAGCUACUCAAAGCAACCGACGAACAGUCGUCAUCGGAUCUUGAGACUUCUGCCGUCGUCGCCACAUUACCAUUCUGGUGUCGAAUAUACACGCGUUUAUCAUCCGAUCCCGAUCGUAAAGUGCGUGAACUGUUACAAAUGUCAAUGAGUGCUCUGGCUGCACGCGUCGGUCGAGAAAUUGGGCCUUAUAUCAAACAGAUUUUGCCGAUAUGGGCAUUCGCAACUGUUGACUUUCACGAACCUGCUGCCUCAUGGGCCAAUCGAGGGCUGUCGGACACAUUCCCCAAUGCAAAACGUUCUGACGCCUACAAAGUUUGUGCACGGACCUUAUUGGAUUUGUUAGAAGCAAAAUUGUCCGAAGAUUUGAUGGCUGUUUCCAACCUGAUUAAUGAAAAAGGGAGAAAGAAAUAUGUGUUAAACAUGUCGGGGAAUACAGAAACAUCUGCUAUGUCCGACUUGGAAAGUUGUGAAACCAAUGCUUGGGUGAAGUUGGCUGGGACUUUGCGCUUCGUGGCCACCGUGGCCAUCGAAAUUGGUAGUUUACCAUCGGACAGUCGACACCUUGAGCGACUUCGCGUCUUACUAUCCCCCUGCAAUUUAUGGUCCCGUGUUGCACAAAUACUCGAAUGCCAAAUAUCUAGUUCGUCUCCGGGUUACCGCACUGUGGCCGGCAACAGUUCACUGGUGCGUGCUUCGCUGUACAAACUUUGCACGGCGUUGUGUAGUAACCAGAAUUGGCAAGAUUGGAUAGCAACUACCCCUAAGGGUAAUCAGUUGGCUUCCUACCUAUGUUUGAGCACCAUCGGCCAACUAGGUCUGAUUCUGGGUGACGCGCUUCCUUCAGGUGUGUUGAGUGGCUACAAGCUGAUUCCACCGCCUCCGUCUUCAUUACCUGUCCCAUCCUGUUACGCUCAAUGCUGGGAAUCCGCGUUAUCGUGUUUGGUAAACGUACCCGGUGACAUAGUUUGGGCUGCGGUUGACUGGAAAUCUGUUUUAGUCCCUCAGCUGGAACGGUUGUUAUCGCCUUCUGGUGUUCCUUAUGCGAAACAGGUAUACUCAAAUUUGCUCAGUAUUUUGAGCAAGUUUCCCAUAGAAUACGACGCAAUGACACCGACCCAAGAGGAUAUUUUGAUGUUCCUAUUUGUGGAUUCCGCACUGUCUGGUUUGGAGGCCUCAUUGACGCCGAGGGUUUCUUCAGGGAUCGAUGACCCCAAAGCACCCGUAACAGUCCACGUUGAUCCAGGUAUUCCGGUUUCCAUCGUCACUGGUGUCUUGGAGUGUGCACGGUUCUUGAUAGACAAACUUGCCACAGCCUUCCCACAACUUUCUUCCGACGAUCUUCCCACCCAGAGUCCUUUGUUGCAUGCCAUCGUCCAUAAGGUGGUCAUUCGACUUUUGGCCGACUCGCUAGAUGUUUUGAGCGACCACCGUAUGUUACUCGUCAGUUCCCAGCCAGCAACGUAUCGGGAGACCUAUUUGAACGCAGUAUUUAGUCAAGUGGCUCAGUUAUGUGGCCAUCUGGGUCGAUCCGAGCUGGUAUCCAAACUUACCCUGCUGAGCGAAAUUCACAAGCACCUAAUUAAGUGGAUAUCGUCCACUGUGAUGUCGAGUGAUACACAGCAUACUGAAACACCUUUUGCUGAGUUCCGUCUGGGAUCGAUGGAUCCACUUAGACUUCUGAAGUUCAUUGACCAACUUGCGAUGGCUGGACGCCGGGACGGCAAUAUACUUGAUACCAUGAAGGAAGAUUUUGAGUUUGUGCGUGCAUCUUGGUGUGUUAGGCUGUUCAGUGAUGUUUCAGAACACGUGGCAAAAACUGAUAAUGAGGCCUUGCAGAUUCCUUUGCGCAGUUGCUUGUUUAUCAUCUGUCUGUGUCUGCAAGGAUAUUUACCUCCAAACUACACAGUAUCCGUGCCUCCCAUUGCUGAUAAACUGUUUUCUGUCAUUUUGCCGGGCCUGCCAAUGGACGUGCAUGCUGGCUGCUGGUCAAAGUCGGUUGUUACUGGAUUUAUCCGAGCCUGGUGUAAGUCGUCAAUCGUAACCGAAGAAAUUGUCCCAUUCACUAUUCAGUUCCGAUUUCUUCGGAACCUCCUUCCCGCCCUUGUUGCACUGUCCCUCCCCAGCGAUUUGAUACGUGAUCUGUGCAAUCUUUUAUCCAGCUGGUGCUCCAGUUCGCUUGAUAUAAUUUUCAACAAUGUGACUAUUGCUAAUGUCCACGCUGUCUCGACUUCCCUGUCAUUACUGCAUGCAACUUUGUCAGUGUUGUUUAACCAAACUGUAGAUAGGAAUUCCGAACUCGUCGAACUGAGGAAAUUGGUGCUGGGAAAAGUCACAUGUUAUCUCAGUAGACAAUUACCUGAAAGUUCCGAUGUGUUGUUGCCCCACACUUUAUCGCCUCGUGUGCUCCGAAAUCUCACUCUCUGUGUUACUGUUCUGUUAGAAACUGUUUCCAUCACUCCGGGUGAUACUGAGCCCAGUCUUGAAUUCACCAAUCAUUGGCACCUUCAGCUUUGUAGGUUAUUGUUUGCUCUGUUCUCCGUGGAACACUUUGCUCAUGUCAACAAAAAUCUAUCUUCAAACUCAGAGCUAACGGACUUGAUUCUCCCGUCCCAUGAGUCACUGGCAGCAAGUCAAGACGAAGAACCUCUCUAUUCUCGAUGCCUGGAUCUGUUCGAGGUUAUUGACCAAGCAGAAGAGCUUUUGUUCUCUUAUCUGUCUCUGGAUGUUGGGAACGUUGAAGCAGUUGAUUGUCCAAGCGAAUUUACGUAUUCUUUACAUCAAUUGUUGAUUAGCGCUGUGGUGUACUUACCCUAUGUUCCGUCCCGUCUGAUACGAUUCGCAGAGAGGUUAAGAAAACUUUUGCACGAUCCUUCUCUGUCACCGUUGUGGUUAUCGGAACUUGCCGAAACGAUCAAACAGACAGUGAGAAAAAUUGUGUCUGACUUUUCAGAACCUACUACUUUGUCGCCUCCGUCACGCCAUUUACUUCCCGGUUUUGGCUGUGCAGUGGAUGCCUGGUGUAUGGGCCCAUCGAUGCGUUUACACGAACUGGGGUUGCGUCUGGGUCUUCCUCAAGAACUCAAGUCGAAUGUCACCAGGUGGAACGUCUACCUACAGUGUCUUGGUAUACUGCGGGUGUGGCUGUGCAGCCUCGGUGAUACGUACGAUCCUUGUGUCGCAUUUGGUUGGCCUAUUGAGAAGCGAACGGAUAUUGUGGAAUCAGAUAAUAAAUACUCUGGUGUUGAUUUGGAGCCAGCGCGAUCGGUAUUUGGACAAGUGGUUGAUUCUUAUGCAUCCGAACUUGGCCGUAUGUGGUACCAGAACACGGCUGAUAUUCCUUUGGAUGAGCUUUUUGAACUGAUGCAGACAGACUAUCACUCUAUCUCACCCUUAGCUUGCGCUAACAUCCAAGACUGUUUUUUAGUCCAUUCGCUUUUGAAUGCCGUGUUGUUAAAUCGUUUACGCACCGUCCAUCCGAACUUGUGGCCACAUCACUUCAAGCUGAUCGCCGGUUGCACUGAUGACCCAAAACAGCCACAUUCUUCGUGGUCUGAACGGCACCUGUUUUCUGACGGUUGCUUUAACCAACCAUCAGGUGCGAUUCAGUUUCGUCAGUUAUGCGAACUAUACAUACCAGCAGGUGUUGUGCGACGAUGUGUACCGCAUCAAGAACUUCUAGGGCGUAUGAAAAGUCUAGCCGUAGCGCCUACAACUUUGAGUGAUUGUGAAUCGACCACAAAUUGUGCAAAAGCUUCACGAAUUCUCGAACUUGGAUCGAGCUUGUUUAGUGUCCGCUCAGUUUCACCUGUCUACAUGACUACAUUUUUAUCUUUCAUAACCGACGACUUUAACGCCUGGCUUACAGAACUCGUAGAGGGCAGUAAUGGAGAUGAGCUUCCUGGGCUUUUGGCUUUUCAGUCCGGAUUCGUUGCAAGUCUUGCCACAAUGGAAUUCCUCGAAAGCCUAUUACUGCUUUGGCAACCGUGGCAAUGGCGACCAACUCACGUGACAGACAAAGCAACUUUUACAAACCAUUUGUGUCUUAUUCAGCUGAGUUUGCGCCUAGAACAACUUCGACCCUCACUCACCCGUUCACAGUGGGACUUCAUAAUGUGCAUCACUGUUAGUUGGAUUUGUGCCGCGGUUGCUGGUGCUUCCGAUGUGACCGAUCCAAGCAGCCACAAAACGUUGUUUGGCUUUCGUGUUUUUCGCGUUGCAGCUGCACUGGGCGCAAUCUUUGUUGAGAAAUUUCCACCCCCGAAGGAUUUGUCUUACUUUCUUAUCCCGACCACCACUCCACUAAAGUCAGCUGUGAGUCACUUUGGAGGUGGAGAGUGGGAUGAUGACUUAGAUGCUGAAGCCGAAGAACUGGAUCUCAAAGAAGAUGCUUUGGUUACUGAUGAUGCAUCCACUAAGCGGGAACAUCAGGAAGUGUUUGAUGAGACCCAGUUGUUGGACACAUUCCAAGAUGACCACGAUGAACUUGAAGCAGCCUUAACGGAAGAAGAAGAUAACCGUGAAUCAUCCCCAAAUAUGCAACAUCCAGUGCUUCCACGUCGUGCCCGGCCGCCUGUUUCCAUUUCGACAGACUGGGAACAAUUCUUCUCCUCUCAUUUCUAUUCCUCCCUUCUACCCGUUAUUCUCAAAUUGUGCCUCCCCCAACCAGGACUGAUCCAGCCCGGGUGUAAAUUAGUGACCCCGGUACAGCUGGAAGCCGCUUGUGCAGCAUUCGCCACUUGUUCAGCCAUCAAACUCAUUCAGGUUCUCACUGAGCAACCUCAUUUUGUCGUGGAAUAUUUAGUUGAUCUGGACAUCGGUGGCUCCAGUUCAGUUGCUUACACCCCACUCAUACGGUCGCGAACAAGUAGUGUGAAUGAACUAACUCCAGGGUUACGUGCCAGUUUUGACUUAGCUAUCCGUUUACUUCGUUUUUCUCCCUACCAAUCGGGACAACUGCUCGGGCAUAUUUUACUCACCCGCUUAGUGUGCGCACAUACAAAUCGCACCGAUGGCAACAAGACCUACGGCUUGAGCAGUUAUCUUAUCCACCGUCUACCACCCUCUUGGUUGACCGCACUUUACGACAGUCUUCCUGCCGAACUCGAGCAAGACUUGGUAUCAGAAAGCCUAAGUAACAAUUGGGGACGUGGAUCACGUGUUUUACGAUAUCUUCUCAAAUAUUCCCUUCAGGAUGGUUGGUUUCUGGAUGUGAUGGCUCAUCAGUCUAUUCUGCGCUACCUUUUGGCUUGGGAUGGAAUUUUGAGUUUAUUCAGCUGUACUGGGUCCCAGGGGCGAGCCCGAUUACAGCGUGCACUUCUUGGUUCAGCUGCACCUCUUUUCGAUCGGUUUGUAUUAUGUUUGGGUCUAUUAAUCCCUCCACCCGGUAAUUUGGCCACUUUCAUAAACACACCUUCUCGUCUGGAACCUGAUGAACGCCUAUUAUUACCUGUCUCUGCCUCUCGCGCUGACCUGAUCGUUGCGCUUUCUUUGAUUUCACCAUCCCGACAACGUCGUCCUAUUCGUCUGUCUGUUCCGUUAACCUCUGGGGAUGAUCGAGAGUGGCGAGAUGCUUUUGCUCCGGAUGACCCUUUGCUUGCCUUAUCCGGAGUUCGGAUCGCACGCGAUAUCAGCCAUUUGGCAGUUCGUCUAUUUCGACGACUCCUCGCCGAAGCCCCAGCGUUGUUCCGUAGUUGGUUUACUCGGAUUAGCUCUCCGUCUACUGCAGACCCGUGCUGUUUGGAUGGCGAAUCUUUUCCGCUUGUGAUUAGUCCACUUACGGCCCACAAACCUGGGCGGUUACGCCAGCUAGCCAAUACAAUUGAAGCCAUUGUUUCGCGACAUUUUUCCCCCGGCUUGGCACGUGAUGAGGUGGUCAUGGUACAAUACAGAGCACAAUUACGUGAGAUGAAACGGGACAAUACAACACCAAAAGGAUGGUUCGAUUUUCUGUCACCGUCAAAUGAAGUUGGAUCCAUCAGUAUAAGGAGUCGUCCACUGUCGCGUGAGGUAAUUGCAAGAUACCAAGUUACUGAAGAGCACUCAAUGGAAAUGAGCAUCCAGCUACCUACAAACUACCCACUCGGACUGGCUACUGUCACCUGUGACCGGGCUGUGGCUAUUAGCUCCCAACAGGGCAACGUUUGGAGUGUGCAGCUGUCAGUUUUCAUUAACAACCAGAACGGUUCAAUCCUGGACGGGAUCGAUCUAUGGCAACGAAACGUGCGAAAGAAAUUCGAGGGUGUUGAGGAGUGUGCAAUCUGCUAUUCAGUCGUACACAACACCAAUUUCAGUCUUCCCAAGAUGCAGUGUCACACUUGUAGAAAGCUCUUCCAUUAUGCUUGUAUGUACCGCUGGUUCACCACUAGCCGCAAUCCCGCAUGCCCACUUUGCCGUCACAUGUUUUUCGGACCAUCAGGACGACCUACGUGAUGCAUUGUGUGUCCCUAAUUAGUAAAUGUACAUACGGUAACUUUUUGCAUCGAUGAAGCCCCGGCUUUCGAACCGUUUCUCAAUGGUUGUCUUUUUUUAUACCGCACUCAGGUCGAACAAUAAACCUGCUGUUCAAGGUGAUAUUUCCAGUUAUCUGUAUCUAAUGAGCGUUUUGGAAUGUCAUUUCAACAAGUGUCAAUCACGUACCAAUUUAGAACGCCGCCCUUUUACGUAAAAAUGAUUUUAUUUUGGAUUACCUGUUGUUGAUUUCCAAGUCUCGAUGCCCAAUUUACUGUCAUGGAGUAAUUUUUUCGCAACAUUUCCUGCUGUGUACCACCGAUAUCAAGUCAGGCUUAGGUACAGUGCGGAUUGAUAGUGCUAAUCACUGAUUUUAAGGUACAAAUCCACGAACCGCCAUUCUUUGUUGUUGACGGGGAAAUUCGUUUGUCGUUGGAAUCUCAAUCAUUAAUUCGAGGAUUAAGUUCAGUUCUGUUUCUUCUAUUAGUCCCCGUAAUGUGCCG